GCCCGAUCAUUCCAUUCCACUGAACAGAGGGGAUACACACUACAGACUAAUAGUAUUCUUCUGCUAUGAGGAACUUGCUUCUUCUCCCGCUGGUUGCUUAUCUGUUAGUAGGCACAGUGAACUCCCAGUCUCUACAAUGUCCCAGUUACCCGCUGGCUAACGUCUCCUCAAAUGAUAACGACACGUUAAUAUUCGCUCCGUUUCCAACAGACAGUCCUCCCACUAAUGUCGACUAUGACCCAGGUGCCCUUGGUCCCUGGUACUCCAUAUCUUCUGGCAUUAUUAACGUAGCCAGACCCGGUAGCUUUACAGAAGAUAUUUUGGUCCCUCUUCUUGGUGACAAUAUAACAAGCUUUUCUAGUAGUCUACCAGAGCCUAGCAUGCUACUGACUGAUAUCACAAGAUGGUGGGCAGGUAUCAUAGCUCUUACUGUCUUGGGCGGGCUCCUCUCAUUCUGUUUUUGUUUCUGCUGCAUUUGUUUCUCUUUGUGUCGUUGCUGUGGCAAAUGUGGUGGGAAUCUAAAGCAAGAAGAGACGAAUCGUACCAACUGCCUGACGAUUGUAUUUACGAUAAUACUCAUUCUGUUUGUAUGUGGACUGAUGGCUGGUAUUGUACUCUCAUUCUUCAGUAACCAGAGGGUCUACGACAGCGUGAAUGAGUUCGAGGACACCAUUAGUGACACUUUCACUCUCGCCGAGAACUUUGUCAACGACUCGGUCGCGAAAGUGGACACUUUGUUGUGCCAACUCAACGAUACUUUGGAUAUAACGGUAGAUCAGGCACGAGGUCUGUUGCGGCAGGUUGAUGGCGUUGUUAAUAAUUUUGGCUCUGAUGUAUACGCUGUUGUUGAUAGGACCAUUAAUCUGUCAUCAGCUCUUGAGGCAGUACAGAUUACUCUUGGUAAUAUGAGUACCAGUGUCACAGUCUUACAAAUGAGCUCUAGCAGACUCAAUGAUACUCUACAAAAUAUUUCUGCAUCAGUAACUGAUCUUCGUAUGCAAUGUGAUGCAUUUCCUGGUAGCUUAGAUUGUUCGCAGUUGGAUGCAUCAGUAUUUCAGAAUGGUUUAGAAGCUGAUUAUAAUCAACUUCCUAACAUUACUGGUGAGUUACAAAAUGUCCAGAAUCUUCUAGGAGAGAUAGACCUUACUGACUUAGCUAAACAGGGUAAUGAUACAUUUAAUUCUGCGCUGAGUGAGUUGAGGAAUUUCACCAGCAAUGCCGAUACAGAACUUAAUGAAGCUGUUGACACACUCCGUGUUACUGUAUUCAACACUAGUGAUACAAUAAGAUCAAUUGCUAACAAUAUCACUGGAUCAUCUGGUUACAUUGAUGAUGCUAGAACUGUAGUCACUGAUGGAUUUAACUAUAUCAGACGAUAUGACACACCCAGAUAUGCUGUUGGUAUAAUCAUAAGUUGUUCUUCAGUGAUUGUUGUUAUAAUUGUAUUCAUUGGUCUCAUCUGUGGCCUUUGUGGCUUCAGAACUGACAGAGCUCCUUACGAGAGAACAGAUCUCUCCAACUGUGGAGGUGUCACUUUAAUAUUUGCCGCUAUCAUGGGAUUUCUGUUUGGUGCGUUCUUAAUGUUGCUUGCUGCACUUGUCUUCUUCUCUGGAGGAAUCUUAGAAAAAUUCUGUAAUGACCUCGAGAGACCAGAUUACAUACUGAUCAACAAUACUGUUGACAAUCCUUCUAUCAAUGGUGGGGAGUAUCUUCUCUCUCAGUUUAUUUUACAAAAUGGCUCCAUUCGUCUUGCAUUCUCUGACAUACUCAAUAACUGCAGCAAUGGGAACACCACUGUAUUCCAGGCGCUUAAACUGAAUGACUCUUCGUACUUUCAGGCUGUCGUUAAUUUCUCAAAUAUAUCCCAAUUGGUACCAGAUGUCUCAAGUGAAGUCAGUGGGUUUGCUAGCAACAUCUCUGAUCUUAUUAGUCGGGACACCUUCGUACCGCAGGACGUUCAGGACCGGUUGAACGGAUUUGACGGAACUGGAGUAGGCGGCAUCAACAUAACACAAUUUUCUGAACAGCUGAACAGAGCUAUACUGUCCUUUAAUGUGACAGAACAAAUUGAGCAGUUGACAGCACUUAGAAAUGAAUUUAACUCUAGUGGUCUUCCACAAGGCCGAGAUCUUGCUGAUCAAACUGAUGGUAUCAUUAGUCAAUUGAUGACAAUUGAUGACACAACUGCUGCCAUUCAAGGAGAUGCUGAUAAUCUCACUGGACUUGUAACAGUCCUACAGAACAACACAAUGUUACUGCAGAAUGGUGUGAACGCUCUCUUAACUAAUAUCAAUCAAACUUUCGACAGACUAAUUGAUAAUGGAAUCAACCCACUCGUAGAUAGUAUAGAGACGGUAUUCCCAAGAGCCAUUGGGUACGGACAGCAGCUGGUUGAUCACGCACUUCACUCUCUUGAGAAUGAGGUCGGUAACUGUUAUCCAGUAUAUGCUGUCUACACUGGUUUUUAUAACGCUGCCUGUGAAUUUACACUUGAUGGUCUGAACGGUUUCUGGUUGGCACUAGGAAUGUGUGCCGUGUUUUUGAUCCCCAUCAUAAUAUUCUCUAUAGUGGUCUCUCAGUAUUACAGGAGAAUGAAGUUUGAGGAAGACUUGGGCGUAUUGCCAUUUGAUGAUAGCUUCCCGUUAAAAGAUAAAAGAUAUUAAAAAAUAAUUAAUAAUAAUAAUAAUAAUAACUAUAUAGUAACUUCAUAGUAAUACUAAUUAUGAAAUGAUCGAGUCACCACAUUUGUUUUGUAUAUGUUUUAACUAUAAAUCUAGUUCCCUAUGUUAACGGUUUUAUGUCCUUAACUGUUUCUAUGCUUCAUAUAAAACACUCAUUCCCUCUCUCUCUUUCUAUCUUAACAAUUAUUUUUAAUAAUCAUUCAGUGUGACUGUAUAUGGUAAAAUAGUAAAAA